UAAAAAAAAAAAAACAAAACAAUUCAAUUUUAUUUCAAAUAUUUUAAUUGUACAUAAUAUAUAUAUAUAUAUAUAAAUAGAACAUAAUAUAUAGAGUGAUGAAGCUGCAUAAAAAUUUAUUAAUAUAUUAGAAAGGAAGGAAAAGGAUUUAUUAUUAUUGUAUUACAAUUAUAUAAUGCAAAAAUAUGCAAAUAUCAUAAACAAUAAUAAUAAUAAUACAAAAAUAUAUCAAAAAAUAAAUAAUAUUCAAGCAUACUCGCCUGAAAGUGCCGGCUUAACAACAAAAUUGCUUGGCACGGGGUUUCAAUUAGGUGUAGGUUUCAGCGAGUUGUAGUUAUAUUAUGGAGCUGCUAAAUAGUGUGUAGUCAAAUUAUGGAUCGGAACUAAUAAAUUGAAUCUGAAUUUUAUUUCUUCAUAUUACAAACGGAAUGAUAUCAACUUUAGUACAACAUCGAUCUGAAAGACCCCAUACAACAUCUGAAAGAACGAUGAGGGCUAUCGGUCGUGUUGGUCAAGCUGUUAAUUUGGCUGUUGAACGUUUUGUUACAGUUGGUGAAACGAUAGCUGAUGACAAUCCAGAAAUUAAAGCUGAUAUGUAUGAAGCUUGUAAAGAAGCCAGAGCUGCAGGUAUGUUUUUCGAAAAUACUUCUUUAUUACUUGUUACUUCUAGCUACUUUAAAUGUAAGUAAACAAACUUACGCACACAUAUAUUGUAUACAAAAUCUUAUACAUUUUAUGUAUAACAGCUUAUUUAUCAAA